GGCCCCCUGUCAGGGGCCGUCAUGGCCGGCGGUGGCGGCUCCGAGGCGCGCACCAGCCUUACGGCCUUCGUGUUAGGCGGCUCCGUGGCUGCCGUCCCGCUGCUGCUCUCGGCCCCUCCGCCGGCGCUGGUGUCCGGGCCGGGCAUUCAGGGCCGGGUGGCUCUGGCGCUUCAUGUGGCGGGAAUCAACGCCGCCCUCUUGUUGGGCUGGGGACGAGCGCCAGGCGGGAUGUACCAGAUUGCCAUCCGUGCCUGCUUCUUGGGCUUCGCCUGUGGGUGUGGCUUGUUGCUCAGCUUCGGACAGUCUUCAUGGAGGCAUUUUGGCUGGUACAUGUGCUCUCUGUCUGUCUUUCAUUAUUCUGAAUACUUAGUGACAGCCAUAAACAACCCCAGAAGUUUGUCGUUGGACUCUUUCUUGCUCAACCACAGUUUUGAAUAUAAUGUGGCUGCGCUCUCCUCGUGGGUUGAGUUCACUGUGGAGAAAUUCAUUUUUCCAGAAAUGAAACAGAUCACUUGGCUGAGCUCAGCAGGGCUUCUCAUGGUGGUGUUUGGGGACUGCCUGAGGAAGUCUGCGAUGCUUACAGCCGGCUCCAAUUUCAACCACAUCGUGCAGAAUGAAAAAUCAGAGAGUCACACUCUGGUGACCAGAGGAGUGUACGGGUGGUUCCGUCACCCUUCUUACGUCGGAUGGUUUUACUGGAGUAUCGGGACUCAGAUCUUGCUGUGUAACCCCAUCUGCAUGGUGGGCUACACUCUGGCAUCCUGGCGCUUCUUCCGAGAACGGAUAGAAGAGGAGGAGAUGACGCUGAUCCAUUUCUUCGGGGAAGAGUAUCUGGCCUAUAAAAAACGGGUACCGACGGGUCUGCCCUUCAUCAGGGGAGUGAAAGUGGAACUAUGAGAUCACGGUCUGAUGCUUGAGCGGAACGAAGCAGUGCUAACUAAGCCCCGGGCCAGCUGGUCUCUGCCUAGAGAAUGGGGCCGUGUGCCCCCCCCAGUACAGUAGCGAUCAGUUUCAUUAGCGGUGACUUUCCUGGAGGUUUGUUAAGGGCUAUCUGGAAACUCGGGCUCUCAGUCUACCUUAGACCAACCUAGAGGAAGUCUUUCUGGAUUCUCAAAGCUGCAGUGAACUCUCAAGCCCAAGGCAGAAGGCUGUUUUUUUUUAAAAACAAAUAAAAAGGUCAUCACUGUGUUCCAGGGCAGCCCCGAUGGACUGAAAUGCACCCCAGCAAGUUGUCUCUGAGGACAAGCCCGUGCUUUCAGUAACCGCCAUCACCCUGGAAGGGGUCUGCAUGAGAAGCUCAUCUCACUCUGGUAAAAACUCUUAAAAAAAACAUUUUUGGAUAUAUAUUUUUUUCUUCCUCCCUUCUGAAAGGGCUUUGACUUCUGGGCCUGAUUCCACAAGCACUUCGGUCUCAACUCUCCCAAAGUCGUGCAGUGGCUUGCAGAGGUUCAGCCCUCUUAAACGCAUGACCUUUUUUUUUUUAAAGUCACUUCCAAAAUAACGUUUACCCGAGAGAUCGUUGCCAUCGCAGGCAGACAUUUCCCCGUCAGUAAAAAUGGGGUUUCCUAAACGCCACUCAGCCAAGCUUGCGUGACACCUCACCAAUGAAUGAAAAACACGUCUUUGCAUUUAAA